AGGAGAAGCUGCUAGGUGUCUUCAAGGAGAAGACGAAGCCUCGUCCGCAUAUGUAGUUGUAGUUUCGAAGAAUACAAGUCCGCUCCACCAAUUAAAUCCCGUCUUGAAAGGAUAAAUCAGGAAAUGCUAGAAAAUUUAUAAAAAUUGACUAUAAUAGUAACUACUAUGAAAGCAGUUUUAAGAGUUAAAAGUGUGAAAGACGCACAACGAGAAUCUUCCUGAAUUGAGAAACAAGACAAGGUUGCAACAGUAACUUAAUCCUAGAAUUUAAGUAAGGAAUGUGGAAGUAAGUAAGGCUGCAAAAUUGCUUCGACUGGGGGCAAAGCAUGAUACAUAAAUGGAGACACACAUGCUCCCUGGGCCUCGCCACAUCCACUCACAAUGGAAGAAGGAAAAGAAUGGGUGAUCAGCAUCAACAAGGAGCUAGAGAAUCUGCCCAACACCUCGGAGGAGUCGGCACAUUGGAGCAAGCGAUCCAUCUACCGCAUCCCGGCCUCCGUCACGGAUGUCAACACGCGCGCCUACAAGCCGCAGAUCGUCUCCUUCGGCCCCUACCACCACGGCUCCGACAACAUGAAGGCCAUGGAGGAGCACAAGCGCCGCGCCCUCCUCCACUUCCUCAAGCGCUCCAACAAGCCCCUCCAGGCCUACGUCGACGCCCUCACCCCCGUCGCCCAGGACCUCAUGGACGCCUACGACCAGCUCCCCCCGCACUGGCACGACACCCACAAGUUCCUCCAGCUCAUGAUCGUCGACGGUUGCUUCAUCUUGGAGAUACUCCGCGCUGCCGCCCCCACCACUCAGGCGCGGCCCCAGCCCCCGCCCCCGCCUUCGGCCCCCUCCCACUCCCAGCCUCAGGCUCAUCAUCAAUCCCCGGUUAGAGAUUACGCAGCUAAUGAUCCCAUAUUCAGCAACCACGGCAAGCUCUACAUUGUCCCUUAUCUAAAGCGAGAUAUGCUGAUGCUCGAGAACCAGCUGCCCAUGCCGCUUCUCGAGAAGCUCGUCGCCGUUCAGAAUGACAGGUCACUCAAGGACUGCAAGGAUCUCACCAAACGCAUCCUCAAAUUCUUCCAACAAAACGUUCCCGCAAAGAACCUGCAUGAGUUCAACCACUGCCUCCACAUCCUAGACAUAUACCGCAGGAGCUUGCUUCUGGAGGAGCCGCGCGGCAAGAAGCCAGAGAGAAGCAGCGGCCACAUCCACCACGGCGGGGAUGACAUAAUCCGGUCGGCCACGGAGCUGAACGAGGCCGGGAUCCGCAUCAAGCGGAGCAAAUCGAGGAGCCUCAAGGACAUCACCUUCCACGGCGGGGUGCUGAAGCUGCCCCUGAUCGUGGUGGACGACGCGCUGGAGUCGCUCUACCUCAACCUCAUAGCCUUCGAGCGCUUCCACGUGGGGGCAGGGAACGACCUCACGUCGUAUAUAUUCUUCAUGGACAACAUCAUCGACAGCUCGAGGGAUGUGAGCCUGCUGCACUCGUGCGGCAUCAUACAGAACGCGCUGGGCAGCGACAAGGCCGUGGCCAAGCUCUUCAACUCGCUGUCCAAGGACAUCACCCUCGACCCUGACAGCAGCCUCGACCUGGUGCACAAGCAGGUCAGCGCCUACUGCCAGCAGCCCUGGCACCAGUGGAGGGCUAACCUCAUGCACACCUACUUCACCAACCCCUGGGCCAUUCUCUCCGUCGUCGCCGCCAUCUUCCUCUUCGCUCUCACCAUUGUUCAGACUAUUUACAGUGUCUUAGGUUACGUCAGUCCUCCUCCUUAAUGCAUGCUUCACUUAUUACCUUGCUUUUCAUUUCUUGCCUUCUUGCUUUCACUUUAUAAUUUUUUCUGUUUCUUUUUCGUGUGCGUGUGUGUGAUUGUUUCCCUCCAAGAUUGUUUGUGUGUGUGUGUGAUUGUUUCCCUCCAAGAUUGUUUGUGUGUGUGUGUGAUUGUUUCCCUCCAAGAUUUGUGAAAUAAAAAAAAGGAGGGAUAUUGAUGCAAAUCCUUGUGUGUGAUUAUUACUUGAAUCGGAGAUAUGAUAGAGCUUGAAUAUUAGCCGAGUAGCAGUAUGUAUAAUUCAUCCCUGUAUCUCAUCUACAGAGAAAAUUCAGUCUAA